UUUUGUUCCUCUCCCAAGACAGUGAGAAGCCCAGCCUGGAAAGUCUCCAGGAAUUCUCUGAACUUGGAAACUGGACUCUUGAGGGUCUAUGGCAGGAAAGAGCCAGGAGGAGAGAGGAAGCCAGACCUCAUCAUGUUCCCCUGGGGAUGAGGCUAACCCAGGUGAUAUCACAAUGGGCAGUGCCCAUCCUGGAGGAGGAAGCAAGGUGGGGGAGACCAUUCAGGCUGCAGGGGAGGGGAGCUGAGAGACCCUCCACAGGAGGGUCACAGCAGCUAGGAGCACCUGCCAGGCUGGAGGUGUGGACUGUCUGAGAGAGGGGGUGGUCACUGAUGUCCAGCAGGAGUCUUUCUAGGUAGAGGCCACCACAGCGCCCUGGAGACCCCACCAUGUACCUCUUCUCGCGAAAGACCAAGACCCCCAUCAGUACCUACACUGACUCCUACAGGGCUCCUACCUCUAUCAAGGAGGUCUACAAGGACCCACCUCUGUGGGCCUGGGAAGCCAACAAGUUUGUGACCCCGGGUCUGACUCAAACCAUGAAGCGCCACACAGAUCCUGAAGCGCUGCAGAAGAUGGCCAGGUGUGCUACACAGGACUACAACUAUAAGAGUUCCGUCUCGGGCCACCCCUACUUGCCCGAGAAGUACUGGCUGUCUCAAGAGGAAGAAAACAAAUGUUGCCCAAGUUACCUGGAAAGUGACCCGUACUGCACUUGGAGGACAGGACCUUACAACAGCACCUCCUGGAACAAGUACAGCACCUGCCUUCCUCGGCUGCCUAAGGACGCCGGGAUGGACACGGCGGUUCGCGGGAUGACCCUGGAGUGCCCCCCUAAACCGGAGCGCCUCAAUGCUUACGAGCGCGACGUGGUGGCAAACAUGCUGAACUCGCUGCCCCGGAACCGGACCCUGCCGCAGAUCACGCCCCGCUGCGGGUGCGUGGACCCGCUGCCCGGCCGCCUGCCGUUCCGGGGCUACGAGAGCCCCUGCUCCGGCCGCCACUACUGCCUGCGCGGCAUGGACUACUGCGUCUCCGGCGCGCCCUGCGCCGAGCGCCGCCACCUGCGGGCGCUGUGCCCCGAUCAGCCGACUGUAAGGAGUGCAUCACCCUGCGACCACCGGCCCGGAAUGCACUGUGCUGUUACAACUCUCCCGCCGUCAUACUGCCCAUAUCCGAACCUUAGAUGGGACACAAGUCACUUCAAGAAGACCGGUGGUCCCCAGAGAAACAACUACAUCGUCCACCCAGAGUUUGUGUCUGAGACCUAUCCCAACUACUGUUGCUGGUAGAGCCUGGGCUGGCCAGGCUAAGGGGGUAGAGCAAUAAAUUCUCCCAAAGCAGUGCUUCCUGUGUCCUUUCCCAGGAGGAGCUGAAAGUGAGGGCUCAGGUACUCAGAGUCACCCAGCCCUGAACUUCCAGACUCCCAUGAUUCUCUGUUUCCUCGAGUGCUUUUCUGACAUCCAGCAAUGACUGUAUGUCCAUCUAGUGUCCUCCCCUGCAAAAUACACACACACCAUAGGGGGAAACCAUCGGAUCCCCCUAACUCUGCAAAAGGUCCAUCUGUUUCCCACCCCCACAAAGACCCCAUUAGCUGACAUUGCCCCAGCCCCAGAGUGUCCCCAAACUUAGAUGCCUCUCAGAGGACACACAUCCAUUCCUUCCACACCCUUGCUUCCUGCUCGCGGAGUCUCUGUUAGGGUCUCCCAAAAGUCUCUGUGUCCAGAUAACCUUGUCCUCCCCUACCCAAGGCCUAAGGAAUCUGGAAGCCCCAUGACCAAUUUCAGAUGUGAAAGCCAUUAUCUUGCCCCUCAAGGAUGUUCUGAUAUCUCUAGGGUUCUUCAGUGCUUUCUCCAUUAAAAAUGUGAAAUCUCGGCAGCUUCCAUCAUCCUUGGUCCCUGGGAAGGGGUUUGACGGCUCGCUCAUUUCUCCCCUGCUCUCUUCUGACUAAAAACUGUCCCUAAGAGGAGGGGUGGGACCCAUAAAUACUAGACAGGGGCGGGGAGUUGUAAAAACACUGAUUGAAAUCACCUCUUCCCGUCCCAGACCCUGGACUCUGCUGGGUUGGCCCAGUGGGUCGUCAGUUUAGACCACAGGCUGGUUGGAAUGGUAAGCUGCCUCCAGGGCUCUUGAUUGCAGGUGUUGGGAGCAGGAACCAGGGGUCCGGCAGUGAAUGGGUGUGGAAAACCACACACUGAAGCUGGACCUCAACCAGUUCCUUAUCCUGCAGUAACCUCAGCCUUCUAGACAAAGCAUCGCGCUGAUAUUAACCUGGGAAUAUCUUCAUAACAUAAGCAAAGAAGUUUCUCAUGGGCCCAGGAACAUGUUUACCUCCUGGGCUGCACAACAUAGAAGUUUCUCAUGGGCCCAAGAACAUGUUUACCUUUGCUGUAUGCACAAGAAAGUGUCCUGAAGUGACUUGUACUGCUCUUUGUUUUGAAACACUAUAAAAACUCUGGAGUCCUUUAAUAAAUCGCCUUUUGCCUCCUGA